AUGAUCGUCCAAUUUUCGACCGUCCAGCUCUGGUCCGCCAUUACCGGGACCCGACCUGGCGUCCUACUCCCACAGAAUACCUCGCUGCCUGACUCGUCCUUGGGUAAACGCAAACGGGCUCAUGCUUUCCAGAGUGAUCUUCCCAAAAACGUUUCCCUGAAAGAUCUUCCGGACUCAGUCUGCUAUCGUGAUAUCGAACUUUUCUACCUGAAAGGCCCUCAAAGCAAACGCGACGUCCUUUGUGCCAUCAUCGAGUUUCGUAAUCUCAAAGGUCGACCAGAAGGCGCUGAUGGAACAAAAUUCUUCAUGCACGGUGAUUACCAACUAGCAUAUUGCCCUAUCGCUCAAAUUAUUUCGUUUGCUUUCCGCGAUGGCGCUUUUGUCAAUACAGAGCUCACACCAGAGCUCAUUUGGCGGCUGCAAGUUCCACAUCGCAGUCUGUCCCUCCCCCUCCGAUGGAAGCCGGAGGUCCUAAAUAUGCCUCUUCUUCGGCGUCUUGAGCGCACUCCAUGCGACUACGAACUCCAUGAGUCUUUGCCGAUGACUUAUGAAUCAAGUCGGCAGGCGCUCCGGGAGCUGGGUCGAGAUGCUAGAUUCGAAAAUGAUAUCGGACAUUACAACUUCCGCCGCUGGACAGCAAACGAAGUCAAUCGGAAUUUUACUAGCCAGGAGCGGCAAAGGGUGCUUGGCCAGUCUGGCGACGCGGUCUUCGAAAAGCAUUACCAAUCACAAUUCAUCGGGCGCGACCUCCAGCAUGUCGUUCUUCUUCGGCCGUCUCAGGAAGGUCUAUUACUCGCCGCUGGAAGCAUGCUCAGGAAAAGAGAUCCAUUAGCACCGUCCGAUCUUACCGAUGCGCACAAACGUGCUAUCUGCCAACACCCCGAGGUCUUGCAGCUUAGACGAGAGAAGAGAGAGCUCAUGGCUGAGAUGCGAUCUCUGAUCGGCACUGUUAAGAAUGCCCGAGAACCCUUUCCGCACCUCUAUCAGAGACACGAAGCAGUCAAAAAAGAUCUGGCCAAGCUUCGGAAAAAAUUGGCAACCGACACUCGAGAGACAGCCAGAAAGGACCAUUUUCAGAGUGCACCUGUGCUCGAAGUCGACAGACAGAUUAAGCUACUUCUCGGCGAAUCUGAUGUUGGAGGAUGUGAUGCUGAUAGCCUUGCCGAUGAAGACUGGGAGUUACCCACCCCGAAAUAUGUAUUUUCUGAACGGGCACGACUUGUGGAAAACUUUUACGGACCCGACGCAGAGAACUUCGAUGAGGACAAGCUGCUUGCUCGACGCAUCCAGGUUACCAAGGACAUGGUUGCACUUUUACGGCUCUGUGAGCCGCCCCGACGAGGCAACCGAGUCAAUUGGAAUCUCGAUGGCUGGGAUGAUGGAGUACUUGAACAGCCAGAAGAACCCGCGUCUUCAUCUUCUGGAGAAGAUAAUCUGGUCUGUCCAACUGAUAUCUGCAUCAUUUGUUAUGGUGUAUCUCGUCGCUCAGCAUCGAAUCCCCCUCCGCAUAAAUUUCCUUACAAGCGAAUGGAUUCUCUUCGUCGCCACCUCAUUGAAUCUCAUCUGGUCCAUGCACACGACGGGAUUAGCUGCAAUUGGGAAGCCUGUCAUAACGUGUCCAAGUUCAGUAAAGUCACUGAAUUUCUGGCCCACGCUGCACAGGUGCACAAAUAUGACGUCAAAAUUAAACUUUGUCAUCUGCCACAAAGUCCACUGGUUACUUGCAACGCUAUCUCAUCCAUAGAUAGCUCAGAGGUGUCGUCAGAAUGCGAGAGUCGGCCAAGGACCGAGACUCCAGCCUCCUCUGUCGGCUUUGAGAUAACAAAUAUCGACCCACGCUUGUUGGAACCCCAAACUGUCCACACGGAGCCCCUGUCGAACCGGCCUGUCACCGAUACUCUCAUGCCUUCUGUUGGUUCUGGGGUGACAAAUAGCGCUUUAUGCUCAACGGAAAUUGCUACAGGGCGAAAAACGACGAAGCGUGCAGCAAAGGCGGCACAAUCCGAGCCGGGGCCUCGAAGACAAUAUACGACGCGCUCAUCUCAACAUCGCGAUCACUCGAAAGAGCAGCCGGGAGUAAGAAAGGGGGCAAAAGCACGACCAGAAAUACCUAAAGCCUCCAGCAUCAAGCCUUUGCUGCGUCGGUCAAAGAGACUGAAAAGUUGA